CUUCUUCUUGCACACCCGAAAAGCCUUUGUCUUUCUAUCUCUCUACCAAAAACUCUCUAUUUCUUUCUCUCUCUAUCUCUAGAGCGCGUCCCUGCGCGUCGUCAGUAUGUUUUUAUUGACGCCAUUGAAAUUGGGUUAAAUCGGAUUGAACAAAAAAAAAAAAAAAAAAACUGUAUUAAUAAUAAUUCCUACUUUUCUCUCUUCUGAUUGAUUCCAAUCUUCUUUCAUUUUCUUCUUCUGGGGAAGGGGCAGGUUAAAUUAUGCCCUCUAUUCAAAUCAUCCUCAGAUCUUAGUGUUUUCUCGACGAGAUUCGGCAUCUGGGUUUUAUUCUGAUUGAGCAAAAUGCAAUCGGAUAAUGGAAAGCUUUUCAUCGGUGGGAUAUCUUGGGACACCAAUGAGGAACGUCUCAAGGAGUAUUUCAGCAGUUUUGGAGAAGUGAUCGAGGCUGUCAUCUUGAAAGAUCGCACCACUGGUCGUGCUCGUGGUUUCGGUUUUGUUGUCUUUGCUGAUCCUGCUGUUGCUGAGAUUGUUAUCACCGAAAAACAUAAUAUUGAUGGGAGAUUGGUUGAAGCCAAGAAAGCUGUUCCCAGAGAUGACCAAAACAUGGUAAAUAGAAGCAACAGCAGCAGCAUCCAAGGUUCUCCCGGGGGUCCAGGUCGCACAAGGAAGAUAUUUGUUGGAGGAUUACCUUCCUCUGUUACAGAGAGCGAUUUCAAGACGUAUUUUGAGCAGUUUGGAACAACUACCGAUGUGGUUGUUAUGUAUGAUCACAACACACAAAGGCCUAGAGGUUUCGGAUUUAUAACCUACGAUUCUGAGGAGGCCGUUGAAAAGGUAUUGCUCAAGACAUUCCAUGAACUAAAUGGUAAAAUGGUUGAGGUAAAGCGAGCUGUUCCAAAGGAGUUAUCUCCAGGUCCAAGUCGCAGUCCUCUUGGUGCAGGUUACAGCUAUGGAGUUAAUAGGGUUAAUAACAUUCUUAAUGGAUAUGCUCAAGGGUUUAAUCCCGCUGCAGUUGGAGGCUACGGACUUAGGAUGGAUGGUCGGUUCAGUCCUGUUGGUGCUGGAAGAAGCGGGUUUGCAAAUUUCAGUUCUGGCUACGGGAUGAAUGUGAACUUUGAGCAGGGAUUGCCCACAGGGUUCACGGGAGGUACUAAUUUCAAUGGAAAUGUUGACUAUGGCCGAGGAAUGAGCCCGUACUACAUUGGUAACACAAACAGGUUUGGUCCUGCGGUUGGCUAUGAAGGGGGCAAUGGAGGAGGAAACUCAUCCUUCUUCAGUUCGGUUACACGAAACCUAUGGGGAAACAACGGGGGUCUUAACUAUAACAACAACACUACAAACUCAAAUUCCAAUACAUACAUGGGAGGAUCAUCAAGUGUGAACAACACACUUAGUGGUCCAUUUGGAAAUUCUGGAGUCAAUUGGGGUGCUCCUGGAGGAGGAAACAAUGCUGUUAGUAACGAGAAUGUGAAGUUUGGUUAUGGAGGAAACGGUGAAUCUGGUUUUGGGUUGGGAACAGGUGGUUAUGCAGCAAGAAACCCAGGGGCUAACAAGGCAGCACCAUCGUCUUCAUUCUCUUCUGCCUCGGCAACCAACAACACGGGUUACGAUACAGCAGGACUUGCAGAGUUUUACGGGAAUGGUGCAGUUUAUAGUGAUCCCACAUGGAGAUCACCAACUCCUGAGACAGAAGGGCCUGCUUCUUUUAGCUAUGGGAUUGGAGGAGGAGGUCCUUCUUCAGAUGUUUCAGCUAGAAGUUCAUCUCCAGGUUAUGUUGGCAGUUACAGUGUGAACAAGAGACAACCAAACAGAGGAAUUGCUACUUAGUACAAUCGUUUUUGUUUUACCACGAUAUUGUAGGCGAGCCAUCACGGUGAACGAUCUGUGUCUUUUGGCGAAUCUUUUAGAUUAUCUUCUUUUCCUUCAUACAAAGCCAGUGAGGACGAAACUUGAUCAUAUCAUCACCUAGAGCUAACCAGAGAAUCCCGCAGACUUUUCUGUCAUGGUUUGGUUUUCUAAAUUCAUUGUUCCUCCUAGGCUUUUUUCUGCUUUCUUUUUUUCUAUUUUUGUUUUCUUUUCUUCUUUCAAUGAGGGACAGAAGAAACUGUAUCAGUCUCCGGCGAGGCGGUAAUACAUAAGAAGAGUUCAAAACAAAAACCAAAAAAAAAAAAAAUUCUUCUUCCUCAGUUUUCUUCUUCAUUGUCAUGUAAUGGUUCUUCUUCUUCUUCUUCUUGGGGGUUAUGGUUAAGGUUUGUGUUUUGAGGCAGAUUGUACUAGAGUUUUUCUCUUUUGUUUUGUCGUUUUAAGUCCUUUGUUUUGUUUUUGAUAGUGUGAGAUAUGGAAAGAGGAUUUAGCCAUGUAGGGCUUUCGAGAAUAAGUCUUUUUAUCACUAUGAGAUUAUUUUGUUCUCAAGCUGUUUGUAUGUCUUAUGCGAACGCAAGCAAACUCGUUUCUGUUGAUGUACUUCUAUUUUAUAGAAAACUCUUUUUAUCUUUUA